AUGGAAGGGUUCGCGUUCCUGUUCCGGAUUCCUAAAGCUGCAACAAAACACAGAGUUAUUACUCAGCGUCUCUGGCAAAUUAAAGGUCAGACCAUGUUUGUUGAUAAGUGGGAACCAGGCAUUGUGCCAUCAAAACCGGAGCUCACCUCAGCGCCGAUCUGGUUGGAGCUUAGGAAGGCGCCUUUCCAAUUCUUUAACGAGGAUGGAUUAGAACGUAUCGCAGGACUGGUGGGUCAUCCUAAGUUCUUACACCCUACCACUGCGAAUAAGACUAACCUAGAGGUGGUAAAGGUGUUCACCAUCAUCGAUCCUAGGAAGCCUCUCCCUGAAGCUGUGAAUGUCCAAUUUGAGUCUGGAGAAAUCAGUAGAGUUUUGGUUUCAAGCCCAUGGAUGCCACCGGUUUGUGAAUCAUGCAGGGAGGUUGGUUAUAUUGUGAAACGAUGCCCUUCUGCAGUUAAGCUAUGUUCUUUUUGUAACUCAGAGGGUCACUUCCCAGCUAAUUGUCCCAAGAAGCAGAAAAAUGAGCCUAAUGUUAGGAAGACUCGGAGAGGAAGAUCUAAAGAAAAGCAGGCAUGGAAGGAGGUGGAUAAAGUUGCGGCUGUGCAGACUGAGCUGCACAAAUCUCAACUUGGAACGGCGAAAGAUAAGGUUGUAGGUGAAUCUUGUAACACGCCCUUCUACCUUCUACCUUCUACCGACUCUGAUUUGGAGGAAGGAGAGCUUAGUAAGCAUGAUUUGGAAUUGGGUUUUCAGGUUGUGCGGAAUAAAAAGAAGUUUUCAGAAUGGUAUGCUGAAGAUAACUACGAUUUCUCUACACUUGGGAAAAUUUGGCUUGUCUGGCAUCCUUCUCUCUCAGUUAAUAUUAUUUCUAAGUCGCUCCAGAUGAUCACUGCUGAGGUUACUUGGCCUUCUACUACCCAGUCUAAGCUGUUCAUCUCUACUGUUUACGCUUCAAAUGAUCCUGCCGAGCGUGGUCUUCUCUUGUCGGAGAUAUCAGCCCUCUCUGCAUCGCAUGGAAUGGACACGAAACCAUGGUUGAUGGUCAGGGACUUCAACCAAAUCAGAGAUCCCUUGGAGCACUCAUUAAUCCCUACUCUAAACAUGGAUAAGAGAAUCAGAGACUUCAAUCUUUGUCUCCUUGAUGCUAACUUGGACGAUCUGAACUUCAGGGGCACAACUUUUACAUGGUGGAACAAGCGCAACCCAGACUUCUCGGACCACGCGGUCAUCUCUAUCACGCUAGACCCUGCCAGAAUAAGGGCUAAGAAACCUUUCAGAUUCUACAAUUUCCUUACUCAAAACCCGGAGUUUCUUGUUACUAUCGGCACCAGCUGGUUCUCUUUCAACGUUACUGGAUCGGCAAUGUACAGAGUCGCAAGGAAGCUGAAGCUCUUGAAAAAUUUGAUCAGCGAGUUCAGUAAUCAGAACUACUCGGGAAUAGAAAAAAAGAUGGCUCUGGCUCACGAGAAACUUAUCCAAGCGCAAUCUGCUAUGAUAUCCAUCCCAGAUCGAGCAUCAGUUGGCUCUCUUGUGGGGAUGGAAACUCUAGACUCUUUCAUCGAUAUGCAGAAUCCCGUCAGGCCGUUAAUCACAUUCAUUUCCUUAUCGCCGACUCUGGGGAGCGCAUUGAAUCUCAAGCUAAUAUCAAGCUUUGGAAAACCAUUCUCAGUGGAGAAUAUAAGGAAUGCGUUCUUCUCUUUGCCUAAGAAUAAAUCUGGUUGCCCUGAUGGUUACUCGGCGGAAUUCUUUAUUGCAUCUUGGUCGAUCGUUGGGGCUGAAGUUACGGAAGCUGUACUGGAAUUCUUCCGUUCUGGCCGUCUCUUAAAGCAAUGGAACUCAGCAAACCUGCUCCUGGCAUCUAGGCUCAAAGAGAUUCUCCCGCUGCUGGUUUCUAAAGCACAAUCAGCUUUCCUUCCCGGGCGUCUUUUAGCGGAGAAUGUACUGCUCGCAACGGACCUGGUUAAUGGCUACAACACUCAACCUGUCUCUCCUAGAGGCAUGCUCAAGGUAGACUUAAGGAAAGCGUUCGACUGUGUUCGUUGGGACUUCAUCAUUGCUACUCUCCGGGCUAUUGACAUACCUGCGAGUUAUAUACGUCUCAUCUCUGAGUGCUUAUCAACGGCGUCCUUCUCGGUUUCGGUAAAUGGAGUAACGGGUGGAUUCUUUCAAAGCACUAAAGGAAUCAGACAGGGCGAUCCGCUCUCUCCGUAUCUAUUUGUGCUGGCCAUGGAGGGUCUGUCUCGGCUUCUUUUGUCGCGAUAUGAAGUGGGCAUUAUUGGUUUUCAUCCGAGAACAGAGCAAUUCAAGAUCUCACACCUAAUGUUCGCUGAUGAUGUGAUGGUCUUUUUUGACGGAAUGAGUAAAAGCUUACAUGGAAUCACGGAAUGCCUCGAUGAUUUCGCUUCCUGGUCUGGGCUACACAUGAACAAUACCAAAACAGAGCUUUUCACGGCAGGGCUGGACCAAUCGGAAUCCGCGGCUAUAGCCAGCUACGGAUUCCCUUAUGGUCAAUUCCCUAUCAGAUACUUCGGGCUCCCACUCAUGAGCAGAAAGCUAAAAAUCUCUGAGUACUCUCCUUUGAUGAUCAAGACCUCCAACAGGUUACAGUCAUGGUCGGCAAAACUCUUAUCAUUCGCUGGGCGGUUGCAGCUUCUCAGGACUGUCAUUUUCGGCAUAGUCACCUUCUGGAUCUCAGCUUUUAUUCUCCCUAAAGGAUGCAUAAAGAGUAUCGACGCCCUUUGUUCCAGAUUCCUUUGGUCUGGAAAUAUCGACAAGAGAGGUCUGGCAAAAAUUGCCUGGCGAACAGUUUGUCUGCCGACAGAGGAAGGAGGUCUUGGUCUUAGGAGUCUCUUAGUCUGGAACCAGGUCCUGUGUCUCAAGUUUAUCUGGUUAUUACUAUCGAAAACUCCAUCGCUAUGGGUAGAUUGGCAUUGGAGUAUUCAUUUGAAUGAUAAAUCUUUUUGGACCGUAAAAGCUUCUGCAACUGACUCCUGGGCCUGGAAGAAGCUUCUGGACCUCAGACCGUUGGCGCUUCAGUUCUGUAAAACCAGGCUCGGCAAUGGAAGGUCCGCAAGCUUCUGGUUUGACGCUUGA